GCACCACGACGGACAAUUAACGUUGGGUUUUAUAUAUAAAAUGAUUAGAUUUGUUUAACUUAACCAGUUUGCGAAAGAUUGUGUAGUGACAAUGAGUCGGAUUUCAGUGAUUGCGGUUGUGGUGGUGUUGCUAGUUGGGGUUUGUUUGGACCACACUGAUGGAGGUCGAGUGAUCCGGUCUCCUCAUCACAAGAACAAGUUCCACGGUGGCGGUGGAGGCUACAAACAACAGUACCAACCCGUAGGCAUAGUGGUCCUGCAGCCAGUCUACGGCGGCGGCGGCGGUCAUAGACCCCACCACGGGGGCGGGUACCAACCCAGCCACGGGUAUCAACCCAGCCACGGGUACCAACCCAGCCACGGUGGCGGGUCACAAGCCUUCUCUCACAGUAGCAGCGGCAGCGGUUAUGGCGGGUCCUUCGCCAGCGCCAGUUCGUACGCCAAUUCUUACGGGAAGUAAAUGAAGAUGGAGUUUUGUUGUUUUGCAUAAUAAAAUGAGUUGAAGCCUUAAUAGGGCAUGGCUACUUUGCAUUUGGUUAAAGUUCAAUAUCACAUCCUUAUUAGGAGUUAAAGCAUUCGCAUAAAUACCUAUAUGUUGUGUGAACCUGUUUUAUGAGUGCCUUGUAUAAUUUACAAAGACUAUAUAAUUAUAAUUAAGCACCUAUAUGUAUUAAAAGUGUUUGCUAUAGUUAUGUAUUUAUGUGAUGCUGAAGUGACGUUUCCUAUAGUUAAAGAAAUGUUUGCCGAUAUUUUUUUAUGAAAGGAAUAUUGUUAAACUAUCUAGAAUAAAAGCUCUUAAAAUUAUUAAACGUUACUAAAUCUUUUGCCUUCAAUUA